AUGUCCAACCGCGAAUAUUACGGCGAAAGCAUUCCCGCCCACCUGUCCGGUGAGGAAACCCGGAAUUACCAUACAAUGCAGAGCCCUGAGUACACCCCUACACAGCCAUGGAACAACAACGCCGGUCCUCCUACUUAUGAGCAAACUCCAGUCAACUACCAGCAAGCUCCAGUUGACUACCAGCAACAACCAUGGGCGGACCCCAACAACCCAGCCAACGUCAAUAACGCCGAAGGUGAUAAAGGUCUAGGUUCUACAGUUGUCGGCGGUGCAGGAGGCGCAUAUGUCGGACACCAAGUUGGCAAGAAAUCUGAUCACGGCACGCUAGGCACCAUCGGCGGUGCGGUUGCCGGAGCAGUCAUGGCGAAUAUGGCGAGUAAUGCAGUAAAGGGGAAACAUCAUCAGGGACAGGCGCAAGAACAGGGAUGUUGCAAUAACCAUGGCUGUUCUAAUUGCCAUCAACAGGGGCUAGGAGGACUAGGCGGAGGUCGCAUGGGACUUGGACUUGGAGGUGGCCUAGUGAAUCGUCGCUUGGGGAGAUUGGAGAGGAGAAUGGAUAGAUUGCAUGGGUUUUAG